UCAAUAUUUGUAAACACGAUUUUAGGUUUCCGUAAAAAAUUGUUUAAUUCUGUUUCUCCCAUACUGGGAAAUGGAAACACCGCUUUAUCGUUUCAAUUCGACCGACCGGGAUCAAGUCUACGAACCAGCAGAAGAUAGUUUUUUGCUGCUAGAUGCACUGGAGGACGAACUGGAAUCUAUUAAACGGUUACGUCCGCUGCUCUCGCUGGAAGUUGGUUCUGGUAGUGGAAUCAUCAUAACUGCGUUGGCAAACGCAUUAGGGAAUGAAUGCGGGUGCUUCCUUGGGGUAGACAUUAAUCCACAUGCUUGCCGAAUGACUAGUAAAACCGCUGAAAUGAAUGAAUGUUGUUUAAGCGUAAUAAACAUGAACCUACUAAGCGGAUUCAAAUCCGGACUGAUCGAUUUACUAAUUUUCAAUCCGCCGUAUGUUCCUACUUGUGGACAGUCCGACGGACGAUUGGAAGAACAGCUUGACCAGUUUGAUGAAAAACGGUAUGAUCUAGUGCGAUCUUGGGCAGGAGGUUUCGACGGAAUGAUGAUAACUAGCAGGAUUCUGGAAGAUUUGGAUCGAUUACUGUCGCCUGUGGGAGUUUUCUACUUGCUGUUGUUGAAAGAGAACAAACCAGCUGAGGUUUUAGUUAGGAUGGAGAGUAGAAAUUUUAAAGGAAGUAUUGUUAAAGAAAGGAAAAUUAGGGGAGAACAUUUGUUUGUAGUCAAGAUAUCCAGAAAUACAAGAUAAUUAUUUUUGUAGUAUUUAUUGU